AUGUUGCAGUCCAUGUCGUUGGCCGCUCAAGUAGGUCUGUUCGCUGGGGGCGUGCUCCUAGGCGCUGGGAGCGCGACAUGGAUCACUAGACGCAAAGGUACAGGGUCGUCUGAUGUACAGAAGGUGACAGUGCCAGGCACAUCUACACCUAUAUCGUCACCCGCAUCCGUGACGCCUGCUACGACCGCUACGCCAUCAGCGGAUGCGCUAGCGUUGUCAGGGCAUCCAGGUCCCAUUGCCGAUUUCUUGCGUAGCCAGGCGUAUGUGAGCGUAUAUGACCGUCGUCUACGUCAUCCUAGCUGGACAGCUGAGCACUUGACAGCGGAAUCCAUUCGUCGGCCUCCUGGUGCGAAUGUAAAUCGCGCUCAAUCGAUCUUUACAGAAGACGCACGUAUUCCGCCCAUGUUCCGUGCGACGAACACGGACUAUUUCCGCUCUGGAUACGACCGUGGGCAUAUGGUGCCAGCUGCGGACGUGAAGCAGAGUCAGGCUGCUAUGGAUGAGACAUUUUUGUUGACGAACAUUGCGCCGCAGGUGGGCCCGGGCAUGAACCGUGACUAUUGGGCACACACAGAAGAUUUCGUGCGUCGUCUUACGAACCAAUUCAAAGAUUUGUACGUCUUUACCGUGCCGCUCUACCUUCCGCGGCAAUCGUCCGAUGGAAAAUGGCGAGUUUCGUAUGAGGUAAUUGGAUCACCGCCUAAUGUCUCUGUGCCGACCCACUUUGCGAAGGUCGUGCUGGGAGCCGGUGCUACACAAGGCGUAGGUUCGCUUUUGGGCGGUCAGGGCUCACUGGCCCUCGGUGCCUUUAUCAUACCCAACAGCAUGAUUCCCGACUCGGCGCCAUUGCGCAGCUUUGAAGUCGAUGUGGAAGCGGUGGAGCGCGCAGCGGGCUUGACAUUGUUCCCCCCGGCCAUCAAGUCCUCCGCAAAAAAGCUCUGUGAUACAGUCAAGUGCGAAAUUAUCAUUCGUGACUUUUCAGACGCCAACAGGAGGGCGCAGCAAGCACUGCCUGCACGUCCUGUAGUCAAGUAA